AAAAUUUCAUUUAUCGCACUCGGGAUGAACUUAGAACUUCCGGCCGUCGCUGCCAUCUUCCCACGCUCUGUCUAAGAUAUCUCAUUUCUGCUUUGGCUUGUCAUUUUCCUACGUACCAUAUUCUGAUUUCUUAUUUCUGGUUUCUAUGGUGAAUUUGAAGAGAGUUAUAUGAUUGUAUGGUGAAUUAGGGAAAAUAUCUCUGUUGAAGAAGUUCUUGAUUUUGGAACAUAACGCAAUAUAUUCUGGUUGCCAAACUCAAAGAUUGUGAAAAUGGGUGGGAGAGCCGGAGACGAUGAAGAUGAGUAAUAGUGCUUCUGCCUCUGCUUAUCUCACAUGUUCUGGCUUGUGCUUUUCGUUCUCCUGGAAAUACUGAAUGGCUACCAACUCUUCCACCAGAGUUCGAGACUAUGGGGAAAGCCCUAAUCAGUUGUUGAAAUUUGUACGAGAUCAAUGCAAAACUGGGACCUUCAAGAAUCUUGACGGUGCCUUGGGCUUAUUUGAUCGAAUGGUCCGCAAGCACCCUUUGCCUUCUGUUGUGUCUUUUAAUCAAUUGCUGACAUCAAUUGCAAGAGCGAGGCAUCACUCAACUGUGAUCACAUUGGUAAAACAAAUGGACUUGUUAGAAAUUGCUCCUGGUCUUCAUACUCUCACUAUUUUGGUUAAUUGCUUCUGCCAUCUUAACCGUGUGGAUUUCGGGUUCUCUGUUUUUGCAAGAAUUUUGAAACUUGGUUUUCAACCUGACUGUGCGUUUAUAAACACUCUUGUCAAGGGGCUGUCUCCAGGGUAAAAUUGCUGAAGCGGUGAAUUUGGCUGAUGAAAUGGGGGAGAAGGGAUUUAAACCAGAUAGAUUUACCUAUGCGACCAUAAUUAACGCUUUGUGUAAGGUAGGUGAAACCGAUCUGGCCAUUAACUUGCUUAGGAAGAUGGAAGAUGCAAAUUUUGUACUUAAUGCAGCAUCGUAUAAUACAAUCAUUUGCAUUUUGUGCAA